GGGAGGAAGCCAUCCAUCAUGAUACAAAUUUUAAACCCAUCAUCGGCAGCGCUAUCGUUCCGACUGAAGCGUCCGCAUAUCGAGCUGGACAAUGCUUACUAUCCUUCGAAAAAGAGACAAAUUUGUGAUAUACCACUAUUCGGCCGCCCUUUGACAGCAACACAGACGCAUCUCGAUCGAAGAUCCAGCGUUCAAAAUGAGAUGAUUAUUCCUGAAAUUACAGAUACACAAAUGGACGAAGUCCAGUCAAAACACCGCGUGCGGAUCGACGACAUUGACGCUUACCUCGCAGAAGACGGAGACUCGCAUAGCAGCAAUAGUCCCAAGUUUUCAAACCAAGAGAAUCCUGAUGACAACGGAUCGUGGUUAAACGUGAAUAUCAACGGGUCCUACUUGCCCAUGCAGAAAACAUCGGCCAACCAUCCAUUAAAAAUUCCAGAAUUCAUCCUCACACCAAGGAAUCCACCUUACAACCAUGAACUUAUUCUCUAUCAACCUCACACAUUCCCAAUCAUUGAUGCAUCCAAGACAGAUGCAUUCGAAUCCGAAGGAUCCUUUGUCAACACCACACAAGAUCUCAAUGCAAUGGAUAUUGACGAAUAGACUUGUCAAUUUUUGAUCCCACCCAUACCUUCUCCUGUAUAGUUAUUUUUUUGUAUGUACCAUCCCGCUCCUAGCAACCAAGGCAUAGCGUUUGUCUCGAAAUCUUGUAAAAAUCAAGCAUGACUCGGCCUGACAGCAGUGUCGAAGGCAUUUUUCUGCAUCAUAUCCAUAUUCGAGAUUUUAUUCCAGCUAUAUCCUUAUCGAGAUACUGCAGUUGUCGCACGGCUCGUGUUGUAAAAAAUUUUGUCUUUGAAAAUGGGGCCUUUGGUCGUGAUGGCGCACCAAGGUGAAAAUAUUGACAUCGUGAAUGUUCAAUACGCUUGGGAGGUUCAUUCACAGUAUGAACCUUUGGGCUAAUUUACAUCUUAUGUUGACCAGAAUGGUGAUUAGAGAACGUGAAGGACCAAUUUCUUUUUUAUCUCAUUGCGGGUGCGGCGUGGAAAAAAAGAGUGUUUCCGUAAAUGGUAGUGUUGGUUAAAUU